UUCCCGUCUCCUCUCCGGUAUUAUGCAACUCAAAAGACUUAACUGCCCUCAUCUCCAGGAUUGCCCCCAAUCUUGUUCCCUGCAACUUACCGCCAAAUCCCUAGAAUUCUGGUUCUCAAUUUUCUAUCACAUGGUCGUAGCAAGCUCAAUUCAGCUUAAGAAAUGGCCAGAAGCAAUAACAGCAAGAAUGAAGAGCCAAACACAGCUCCUGAACCAGAUCUCUGGUAUGAUAUAACCUUAGGCCGCUCCUUCAAAGACCACAACAAUCAUCCCUCUCCCAAGUUCUGCACUUUACGUUAUGAAUUUAAACCAGCUUCAAUUGAUAAGAGUCAACCAGGAUCACUGCACAAGGGAAAAAAUAACAAGGUUACUGUAGAGUAUCACAACAACCAAUAUGGAAAACCCAAAGUAACCUUUGAGGGUGUAAGUGAAGAUUACAAGGAAAAUGAUGCUGUGUUGUUCUUUGACGGUGAGACCUUUCGCUUGGAGCGGUUGCAUCGUGCAGUGAAGAGAUUGAGGCAUGUUCGUUUACCUGGUGAGUCUGCAGCUGCCAUGACAUCGGCUACAUUGGUUGCACCGGCAGUCGAAAACUAUUCACCACCAGUUAAUAAAGGAACAAAUCAACAGUUUUUGAACAAAGUCGUGGCUCAUCAAGUGCAAGUGGAACAGGUUGGCAUUGGUGACUCAGAAAACUCUGUUGCAGAAUCUGCAGAACAGAAGACACCGGAGCAUCCAUCAAACCUUCCUAAUCCAUCAGACAUGCCACCAGAACUUAAGAAUUAUGAACAUGAGGAGCAUUUAGACAUAGUCAAUGAUCAUGAUAAUGAUUGUGGAACAACCGACAAAGAAAAUGAAUCUGGAAAGGGAUCACGCACAUGUCUUGACAUUGAUAUUAACUUGCCACAUCAGGCUGAUACAGAUGAUGAGAUUGCUGAUGUUGAUAUCAGUGAUGAUGAAGCUGACAAGGGCCCUAAUGCUGCAGAAGCUCUUAGAGCUCAGGUCAAUGCGGAAGUGAUGAAAGAGCAAGCUUCAAGCUCAAGUACUAGCAGUGGAACUGACAGCAGCACAAGUGAGAAUGGAAGUGGCAGUGGUAGUGGGAGUGGGAGUGAAAGCGGAAGUAGCAGUAGCAGUGAUAGCGAAAGCAGUGACAGUGACUCGGUCACCUCCAUCUGAAUUACUUGAGUAAUUUUGGUUCACUUAGAUACUAAAUUUAAUGAUGCUGGCUGAUUUGAUGUAGUUUAGGGCUUAGCACGCUGAUCAUAUUGUUGGAAUUAGUCAUCCAUUGUUAUGUAGUAUGAGUCUUGAGCCAAAUGCACCACAUGAUUGUAUAGAGUUAGGUUAAGAUUUUAGAUCAAUUUGGUUUUCAGGGCGUCAUUGUAAUUCAGUGUAUCUUUUAAAUUCUCUAGGGCCAUGUAUUUUCUGAGAUCUAUUCUGUUGUCACUUAGAUCCGAUGUAUGAUAUGUAAGGUAGAUUGAAAGCUUGAAAUGCAUAACUGAAGGAAGUUAUUCCGCAGUUGUUCCAUAAUGUGGAUUUUUCCAAUCCAUGUGA